AUGGAAGAACAACAACGUUUGCAUGCAUUUUCUUCUCAUAUACAACAUUAUUCACCUAUGGAUUACUCUCGUUUUCCACCAGCAUAUCCCAUGCGUCCUUAUCAUCAUCCAACAGGUACUUAUUCAAGCCAGAGUGAUUGCUGGUUUCCACCACCCACACAUGCGACUGCACCUCCGCCAGCAUCUUCAAAAUAUGAUUCGACAUUUGAUUAUCAUAGUAAUCCGUAUGUUACGUACAAUCCUCAACAAUCGAGUUCAACGACCGAUCUUGAUUAUAAAACAAAUACAUCAGCAUCGACAAAAGCGACAGUAGCAGCCUAUUUUAAUUUCAAUUUCAAUUGUGAACAAGCGCACAAUCAUCAUCAUCAUCUAUUUAGUGACAAUCCUCCGCUAGGUACGACAUCACCUCAAUUGAUGUCGCCAAACAAUUACAAACAAAUAAAUAAUAAAAAUGCAAACUUAACUGAUCUUUCAUCAACAAUACGACUAAGCCCAAAAGCAUCUUCGUCUGGUGCUUCAUCAUCGAAUGAAUCAUUGUCGAUGAAUAAUGGUGUUAGUCCAGCUCAGUCAGUUCCUGUCAAUUCAAAGCCGCGCAAAGAACGUACGGCAUUUACAAAAAAUCAAAUUCGUGAAUUAGAACGUGAGUUUUUGAAGCACAACUAUUUAACACGUUUACGUCGCUACGAAAUUGCUGUUGCACUUAGUUUAACUGAACGACAAGUGAAGGUAUGGUUCCAAAACCGUCGUAUGAAAUUCAAACGUGUACGCGGAGCUGUCUUAGCUAAAAUAGAUAAAGUCAAUCAAAAAACGUGUUAUCAUUCACCAAAUGAAGAACAAGAUGGAGACUCCGAGGAUGACGAAAGCAUUGCUAGCCACUAG